AUGAUGAACCAUGAUGAUGAAGCAUCUUCAUCAUCCCUUAGACCUUUUAACCCACCAACAUUCUUUCAUUCAGACAUUUUAAACCAUGGUGUUCCUCCUCCUACUACUGCACUUUCAUAUGAAGAACAAGAUAUGGUGAAUGCAUCAUCAUGGCUUACACUUUCACUACCACAACCAUCACCUCAGCCCUUACCGUUUGAAAACAGACCAUUAACACCUUCACUUUCUCCUCCUAAUGCUACCAAGGUGCUCGAAACUCCUCCAACUAUUCAACCACCAUUCCCAUGGGCAACUUUAAAGCCCGCCACCGUUCACACUAUCAAUCACUUGUUAUAUCAUUUGAAUAUAAACACUAUUUCAGGUACUCUUGAAUGCAAAUCAUGUAAGUUUCAACAAACUGAUUUUCGUUUUGAUCUGCAUGAAAAGUUUGAGAAGGUGUCCAACUUCAUCAAGGAGAACAAGUCUGGGAUGUUUGAACGUGCACCGGAUGCAUGGAUGAAACCCGUGUUGCCAAACUGCCAGAGUUGCCGGAAAAAAAACACAAUGCAUCCAUUGAUUGGAAAGGAAGAAGAGAUCAAUUGGCUGUUUUUGUUUUUGGGUGAGAUGAUAGGUUGUUGCAAUCUUGAGCAUUUGAAGUAUUUUUGCAAACAUGCUAAUAUUCAUAGAACAGGUGCCAAAAAUAGAUUGGUAUAUCAAACAUAUUUGGGUUUAUGCAAACAACUCCAACCACAAGAACCGUUUUAA